UGUAGCUCUAAGAUGGUUUGUCACCUGCCAAUUAAGACUAGAGAAGAAGAAAGGGGGGGCAGGCAGCUGGUGACAGCCGAAGUGAACCGCUCCCCCAGCACUCAAUAUAUCGAAUCAACAGAAGACAUUACCGGACACUUCGGUGUAAAUACAGUAGUAACGGUUACUAUUCACGGGAGACACGUUUUUCAACUUUGAGCUGACUAGUGUGUUGGUUCCUUGCACUCGUCAAAGUAACGUUAUCGUUGGUGCUGAUGACAAUUGCUGGCAAACUGAGGGAACACUGUUGCUUCGAGUUUUAGCAUAAGUAACGUUGACGUUAGCUUCGUAUCUAGCAAGCAAAAGCUAGGUAACCACAGUGUUUACGGUCGCGAUAUCGACAAAACGCCAGGUGGUCGAUACUUGAUGAAGAUGGGUGACAUGAACCCAUCGACAUCCCAUGCAUUUCAGUCGGAGGGUUUCAGCCCGCCUUACAGAAGGAGGACAGUAGAGGAUUUUAACAAGUUUUGCACUUUCGUCUUGGCAUAUGCUGGUUACAUCCCAUACCCCCAAGAGGACUCUCCACUGCGCAGUAGUUCCAGUCCUCCCAACAGUACAGGCAGCACAGCUGACAGUGAUGGCUGGACCCCAGGACCCCCAACCUCCUGCCCCCAGCGCCCUCCCAAGGUCCCCCAGGACAGGAUCAGAAAACGUCCCCAACCAGGAGCGACACUGUCCAGUCACACCAACAAAGAUCACAUAAUCACCUCCCUGCACCUAGAUGACCGCAGGAAAGCUGACAAGCUGAAGAAGAAGAAAAGGAGAAAGGAGAGGGAGCAUGUUGCUGGUGAGGAAAGCGGGGUUCAGCAGGCCCACGCAACAGUCCCAGAGCUGCAGUUCUCCAAUUCCUUUGGUGGCCGAACGAUCAAAGAAGAGCCUGAAGAUGACAUCAGCAUUCCCCUCCACCCCCAGUGUCUGCCUAGCCCGGCCCCCUGCAAAGAGGAGCCCAAUGAGGAGCGUCAAAACUGGGAGGAUCAAGACCUUGAAGAAGGGAUGGUAAAGGUACAGAAGCUGGAGGGCCUUUCAGGAAACAGAAAGGUGUUCCGCCAGGGGAAACAGGUAGUGUUCAGAGACGAAGAUGGAUCAGGAGAGGAUGAAGACAUCAUGGUAGACUCGGAUGACGACUCGUGGGACCUGGUGACAUGUUUUUGCAUGAAGCCUUUUGCGGGCCGGGCCAUGAUCGAGUGUAACCAGUGUAACACCUGGAUCCACCUGUCGUGUGCUAAGAUCCGCAAAAGCCACGUACCAGAGACAUAUAUGUGCCAGAGCUGCCGAGAGUCACACGGAACUGAAGAUGCCCGUCGCUCCCACCGCUCGCGCGUAGGCCCGCGCAAGCAUCUGCUAGACUGAAUCCUGAACUCUGACCCCUUUCACUCCUGCCUCCCCGCCCACCUGCUGGACUGACCCUUCCUCAAAUUCAGGUUUUGCAACUUUUAGUCUCUGUCCUUCAUGGUCAGCCAUGAACCCUCAUUUUCUAUAAACACUUUGGUGGACCUAUCCCAAGCCUUUAUCCCAUUUGAAAACAGUUUUGAGUGCUACUUUAGAUUUACUACAGUUUGUUCCUGCUUCCCUACAGACUCUGUGCGUAAGGCAAUCACUGAAUGGAUGUCUGUUUGUAGAUGACAUUAGCAUAGCGGCAAACCUCUACUGUUGGGACUCGGUGUCUCAUGAACACUGGAAACAUUUGAACUGCCAUAUAGAGAGAAUACCCUCACAACUGCCAUCCACUAUGGUGCAUGCUGGUAUUUGUGGGAAAGCACUGUUCUCACUUUUUUUUUUUAUAUAUAAUCCAUAUGACCUUUCUGUUAUAGGGACAGGGUAUGUCUUUCUGAACUAAACUGGAUUUGACUUUUCUUAGAUGCCUCUAUUAAUGUUACACCAUUAACCGUUGAAAACAAGUGAAGCCUUGUGUUAAUUGCUUCAGAUGGUGCUAUAGUAUUAAGCUGAGGUAUACUCCAAUAGAACAAAGAUGUAGGGUAAGAGACUAAGAGUCUGCAUCUACUUCAUCUGUUUUGUUAUUUAAGACAUUGCGAAAGAAUAUCAUUCAGGCUUGAAGCCCGUACAACUGAACCAAGCACUUGUUCCUCUCCCUUCUACUUCACAAACUGAAUCAAGACGUUACUUGGAAAAACACAAAAAGCUCUCGCUCAAUUUUGCUUUUCAAAAAUGUUUAAACGAUGUUCUUAUUUCACCAGAAUUCUGUUUCGGAUCGGGUGAUCAGUUUUCAGUAAAGCUGUUUUAUUUCGCCUCUGGUCACUGUUUUUUCUGCAGUGGUAUUGUUUAUAAAUACUUUUAUUCUCCAAACCGUUAUUUAAAUUCACCUCUAUUUUUCAACCGUUUAAUGCUCAUGACAGAGUUUUCAGAGACGAGCAUAUUUAUAGAAGGGAACUCUUAUGGCCGUCCUGUUUAAGUAUUGACAGAAAAGAAAGCUAUCGUAUCUGGAAUAGUGUUGUUAGAAAGGGUCCAGUUGAAAGUGUGUGUGUGUGUGUGUGUGUGUGUUUGAAUGGAUAACACAGUGUGAGGGUGUUGACAAUGCAUGUGCUGCUAUGGCUCAACUAAGCACCAUAGUUUUUGGUCUUUUGUAAGUUGGAGAAAUGGAUCUGUAAAGUACCAUUGGCAGGGUUCGUUUUGUUUGUCUCUGAAGGUUCAGAUCAGAAGAACAGCUCUCUGUCUCUUUAACCUCUCCCAAACGUUUUCACAGCAGUAUUCAGCUACUUCCAUAUUCAGCAGAUUAAAUGGAGAAAAUAUGUUUUAGGGCACUUUUUCCCUAGAACUUGCUGGACAUUUUAAGCUUUGUUAUUCAUGUGCCAUCUGCUGUUGUUU